AUGCCUCGUGAUCCGUUAAUUGGCCUAGUCGGCAAGCCGUCGAGUGGGAAAUCUACAACAUUGAACAGUUUGACCGAUGCUACUUCAAAAGUUGGCAACUUCCCACAUGGCAUUUCCGAUCGCUGUCAACCAAACUACGGCGCAUGCCACGAAGGACGACGCUCCGUUCCGAUUGAAUUGCUAGAUGUCGCGGGACUUGUUCCUGGAGCGCAUCAAGGUCGCGGAUUGGGCAACAAAUUCUUAGAUGAUUUGCGUCAUGCGGAUGCGCUGAUUCACGUGGUGGAUGUUAGCGGUACCACCGAUGCAGAAGGCAAGGCUACUCGGGGAUACGACCCCUCUGUGGAUAUUGAGUGGUUGUACUCCGAGAUCGUGCGCUGGGUCCUGGGUAAUUUGAUGGAGAAAUGGGGAUCAAUCAAGCGGAGACACGUCGCGACGAAGGCCAACCCUGUCGACACAUUACAAGGUCAAUUUUCAGGAUACGGAAGUACCCACUCCGUUGUCGCUCGUUGUUUAGACAAGCUUGCUAUGAAGGAACCUCUCGAGCAUUGGUCUGAUGAGACUGUGGAACUUGUGGUUAAGACGUUUAUCAACGAGAAAUUCCCAACAGUAUAUGCCUUGAACAAAAUUGAUCACCCGGAUGCUGAUAAGAACGUAAGCAAGAUCGCCAAGAUGCAAGAUCCCCACAGCAUCGUGCUUUGCUCGGCCAUAUCAGAAGUAUUCCUCAGACGGUUAGCAAAACAACAAUAUGUCAAAUACGUUGAGGGGAGUGAGUUUGUAGACACGCGGGAAGAUUUGAUCGAGAUGGGCGAACCAGAUGGUGGAGGUCUGAAAGAGAUGGACGAAAAAUUGAAAACCCGGGUGGAGAACCUGAAAGAUAUGGUGUUGUACCGAUUCGGAUCAACCGGAGUCGUGCAAUGUCUCUCUCGUGCCGCUGAGCUGCUGGGUCUUGUACCGAUUUUCCCCGUGCGAAACCUCCAGACCUUCAGCUCCGGAUCGGGAUCAGCAGUAUUCCGUGAUUGCGUUCUAGUCAAGAAAAACAGUACAGUGGGUGAUGUAGCCCGAAAGGUCAUGGGAGAUGUGCCUAUCUCGUAUAUUGAAGGAGUCGGUGGUACUCGGGUAUCAGAAGACGACAUUGUCGCUGUUGGGAAACACGAUAUCCUAUCAUUCAAGGUCGGUCGGUGA